AAAGGCGAGUGGGCGCCGCCCGGCCGCUUCUGCGCUCUCUCGCCGGCGGGCGGGAUAAAUGCGGGAUUCGGGGCGGCCGCUCGGCUUAGUCGCUGAGCUGAGCGGGAGGAGCAGCAGAGAGGAAGCUCAGCCGCCGCCGCCGCUCUUAUUCCCCCGGAGAGGCGCUUCUCCAGCGAGGGCGAGAGAGGUGAGGGCUCCUGAGGGGGUGACUUCGCCCUGGGGGUCGCGCUUCCCCCCCCCCUCUGAGAUUGUUUUGGGUUAGGAAUCAUGAACGGGUGUCUUCCUCUCCUCUUUGCUGCCUUGAUUUCUGCGUGCCUUUGCUUCCCACCGAGUCCUCUGUCUCUUGAGGAACUGGGCUCAGACAUUGGGAUCCAAGUUUUCAAUCAGCUGGUCAAAAGCAGGCCGAAGGAGAAUGUUGUGGUUUCCCCGCAUGGAAUUGCAUCAGUACUUGGAAUGCUUCAACUUGGAGCCGAUGGCAAGACAAAGAAACAGCUAACAACAGUGAUGAGAUACAGCGUAAAUGGAGUUGGCAAAGUACUGAAGAAGAUAAACAAAGCCAUAGUCUCAAAGAAGAAUAAAGAUCUUGUGUCAAUUGCAAAUGCUGUCUUUGCAAAAAGUGGCUUGAAACUGGAAGUGCCUUUUGUUUCAAGAAACAAUGAAGUCUUUCAGUGCAAUGUUAAGAGUGUGAACUUUGAGGACCAGAACACUGCCUCUGAUACUAUCAACCAGUGGGUCAGAAAUGAGACCAAGGGUAUGAUAGACAGCAUCAUAUCUCCGGAUUCUCUUGAUAGUGAGCUGACCAGAUUGGUGCUGGUAAAUGCAGUAUACUUUAAGGGACUAUGGAAAUCACGUUUUCAGCCAGAAAACACAAAAAAGCGAACGUUUAACGGAGCUGAUGGAAAGACUUACCAAGUGCCUAUGCUGGCUCAGUUGUCAGUGUUCCGAUGUGGCACAACAAGUACUCCUAAUGACUUGUGGUACAAUAUCAUUGAAUUGCCCUACCAUGGCGAAAGUAUCAGUAUGCUGAUUGCUCUGCCCACGGAAAGCACAACUCCUUUGUCUGCUAUUAUUCCUCACAUUAGCACAAAAACGAUACAGAGCUGGAUGACAACUAUGGUGCAGAAGAGAGUGCAGGUUAUUUUACCCAAGUUUACUGCAGAGGCAGAAACAGACUUAAAGGAACCUUUACAGGAGCUUGGCAUUCGAGAUAUGUUUGAUCAGUCAAAGGCAAAUUUUGCAAAAAUAACAAGAACAGGAAACAUUCAUGUAUCUCAGAUCUUGCAAAAAGCAAAAAUUGAAGUGAGCGAAGAUGGAACCAAAGCAUCUGCAGCAACAACUGCAAUUUUAAUAGCCAGGUCAUCCCCACCUUGGUUUGUGGUAGACAGGCCAUUUGUAUUCUUCAUACGGCACAAUCCUACAGGUGCCGUUUUGUUCAUGGGACAAGUCAACAAACCUUGAAUGUGGGAGAUUUUCCUUUUGAAGCAAAUUUUAAAAUGAAUGCCCUUCUUCCAUUAAAUAUUUUUGUACAUUAUUAUUUGGCUAUGAACUAGCAUUUAAGUGUGGUUGGUCCGACUAGGUUUUGAAAAGGAGUUUUAAGUAGCUGGGGAGUGUUGUGGAAAAACAGAAUGCCUUUUCAAAACAAGAUUCUUAAAACUACUGAUUAGUUCCCUGUGUUAAUAACUUUUGAAAUUUGGGGGUGGGGUGGGAUCUUGAGUAUUUUGUAUUGUGAUUUUAAGUCUUAACCAGAGUUGGAACUAAAGGAGCAACUUUGAUUUCUGUUUGGUUUGUACAUAAAUGCCCUCCUACUGCUAUUGCCAUCCACCGAGUAGUUUGAUGAGGCAUUGCUGUAAGAAUUUCAAAGCUUUAGCCAUUUUUAUUUUAUAUUGUGCAUGCACUGUUGAGACUUAAAACAACUAAUGUCCCAGUUAACGCCUUUUCAUUGGUGUAAUGUUCAAACUUGUCAUUGCUAGUAUACACUUUCUAUGGAUUUAAAUUUUAUAUUUUUUUGUACAAAGGAAAAAAAAUAAAGUCAUUAUGAACAGAUGAAAGCAGUGUAGUAUCAAAGUGAUGUUGGCAGAGAUGAUUAGUGAGUUGGAUGUAAAAGGUCAGCUGUCAAGUGGAAGGAAACACAAGUUUGAAUUCUCUGGACUGAUGGGAUUUUGCUGUGCUCUGGUAUGCGGUAACAGCUCCAGCAAAGACUGACCUCUGUUUACUCAAUAUUCUGAAAUGUUCCAGACUGUAUUAUGUAUGCAGGUAUCUUAAAAUACCAUUCCCGGUGGUAAUGCAGGGACAAGAUAAUUGUUCGUUAAGAGAAAUUCAUAAAAGUGUCUACGGCUUGUAUAGCACCAUAAUUAAAUACAGAAGUAAUUGUUAACUGGACACAGCCACCUCCUUUGGGUAAACCUUUUUCCGUGUGUGUUUUUGUUGUGUGUACAAAUAAGAACGAGAUUAGCUAUGCCAUCCCUUGGGCCUGUUGGGUUUUGAAUAUUCUGCAGAGAAGUCCGCAUAUUUUCCCACCAGCUUGAUGCAUUUUAGCUGCCCCAGCUGAGGCCAGGCAUUUUCUCUUUACCUCUCAGUGAUGUUAUUCUCAUGAAGGUUAAUCUCUAUUCCAGGAAUCCCCAAACUGCGGCCCUCCAGAUGUUUUGGCCUACAACUCCCAUAAUCCCUAGCUAACAGGAUCAGUGGUCGGGGAAGAUGGGAAUUGUAGUCCAAAACAUCUGGAGGGCUAAAGUUUGGGGAUGCCUGCUCUAUUCAGCUGAAUGGAAGUUGUUUCUGAUAUCAGUUACUGUGGUGGGAAUGUAUCUGAGGCAGCCAGCGGUUUUCAUCUUGUAUGUAAAGGGAAAGAGAAACACUACAUACAUUCUCCAUACAAUCAGCAGUAAAUGUUCCUUCCUGUUUUGGAAACAAUAACCUGUGCUAUAUUUGACGCACGCUGACUUUCAACACAGGUUGAAAACUUACUAGUACAUGUUACCAUCUUCAUGCUUGUUUUGGAAUUAUCCCAGUUACCAUUUUUUGCUGUUCUUAUUCAUUUAUACGUCUUAGGACUGCUUCCCACUUUCCCCAAAACAUUGGGCCAGUAGGUAUACAGCUUUAAUUAGCAAAUUUGUCACGUGGUAAAGAACCUGUAAAUUAUGCCCCUCUGUCAGCUGCACAUUUGGGAUAUUAAGCUAGUGGUGGAUGGUUGGGGAAGGACCCUGAGUGAGAGGCAGGGAAAGGAAGACCUCCUGGGGUUAGAGACAGGGGAAAAGAAAAGGAAUCUCCCAAGCAAGAGCUGGGAGGGUUCAACAUUUGCGUGUAAAUUAACGAUUAAGAACUACCUUGGAGAGAGGACUCUGCAUUUUCUGUUUUCUUUCUGUGUUUUCGUUUUUAUUUAGAUUAGUUUAUUUAAUCUUACUGCAUUAUGAAAAAGAUUUAAUGAAAAUUCUUAUUUCUUAAAAAAGGAAUAUUAACCUGGGAAACUGAAGAAUAGAUUAUCCAUUCCAAUUGAGGGUGGGCAAUAAAGUCCUUGCAGAACAUAACAGAACAGAAUCCUGUAAUUUUGCAAAUGAUACCACUUGAUUAUUAUAGUUUGCUAUACAGUACUAUAUACAGUAGGCUUUUUUUUCUCCAAUCCGGAAAAGGUAGGGGUAGACUGGAUUGUGUUUUUAACAUGCUCUAAUGUGCCUGAAAAGCUGGUGUUGGAUUUACCGCUGUCCCAUUUGUGUUGGACAGGAGUCAUCCCAGAUUAUUCUGCAUGCAGAGGAGAAAUGACAAGCAGAUGCUUAAAGAAACAGUCCCUGUGGCUAGCAAUAAACUCAAACCAUGGUUUGAUCCUGGCUUGUUCUUGCUAACCAUACUCUUAAAGAAGGCAGAGUUCCCAGAGGUCAGACACCAUGGAGCUAUGAUUUUUAUCUUUAAAAAAAGAAGUUUCCAAUCUCAUUGGGGGCUAAAGAGGAGGAAGGCAGGAGUACAGAAGCCUGAUGCUCAUUCACGUAGCAAGGAACCAUUAUUUCAGCAGAACUAGGCCUAUAUGUAAACUCCUGUUUUAUACUAGGCUAAAGUUUUUUUUAAUAUACAGCCCCACCCUGAGGAUAAGGUCAUAAAAUAGCAUCUGCUUUAAGCCUCUGCUCCCAAAUACUAACCAAAAUGGAAGAGCCUUUGAGAAAUGGUUCCCUGGAGGAUCACAGAUGAAAACGCUAGCAGCUGAAAUGAAGAGAUGUCUCCACACAGCCAACGUGUGCCUGGUUAUUCUAAGAGCAAAUACAUAGUUCCUCUGCUUUUUUCCAAAAGGAAUUGCAGAGGGGGACAUAAAUAUACCAUCUAAAUUUUCAAGAAUUGCUUCAAAAUCUUCAGUUUGAACCUCAGUGACCCCAUAGGAGCGAAGGUUCCACUUUGUAGAUAGGAAACUGAGACUGAAAAUGACUUGUCAAAAGUCCCAUGGUGCGUUCAGACCAGUAUUUGCAUGCCCUAUACAGUCAUGUGAAUAUUAGAGCCCAUAUUUCUCAGCCGAACACUGGUGUUUUAAUCACAUCAUUUUGUAAUGUCUGGUUUUGCUUAAGACAUUCAUUUCUUUGUCUCUGAAACUACUACCGGUAGGUCAUGUGUGUUUGAGAGCUUGUUCAGCUUUUAGACAACUAAGUGGUCUAGUUUUAAAAAGAAAAAAUGUUCUAACUUUGGUCAGGAAGAUUUAUACAGCUGCCCCUUAUUCCUAUAAACUCAAUUAUUAAGCAUUCCAUUCAAGUAAGAAAUGUGCAAGUGGGAAACCAAUUGGCGCAAGAGGUUUUGUACCCUGGUCACCUGCCUGGCCCCGCUAUUCCCCACCUUAGUAUUUGCUUCAGCAGGAGUCUGCAUGAGGGGUGAUGUAGUUUAUGAGCAUCAGAGCCUAUUCAAUUGCAGUCUCGUUUGGUGUAUGUAUUGUUAGUAUGCAAGCUUAUCUCUACUACGUAAUAUUUAAACCUACAAAAUUGUGCUCUAUUUUGAAAGUUGUUGGGGUUUUUUUUUUUGCAAGGCACAGUCUGUUGUCAGAAUAUUUUGAAUAACUUGUUUUCUGAGAUUGAAUUGCAGAGGGUUUUUUAUUAUUAAAAAGGUUAUAGCACCAUCUUGUGGUCAGAUCACUGAUAUAACAUUGAAUAAAACCUUUUAUCUAUUUA